UUAACUAAUACUACUACUACUACUACUACUACUACUACUACUAGCACUGCUGUGGUUCUCUGCAUUCUUGCACUAGGCGAGAUCUGUCUCCACAAGGAUCGUAUUCCCGAUAUCGUUCCCACCUUCGGUGAGAUGCAUAGCAUAGGCUCCCUUAACUCUCAGCCAUGCGGUUCUCGAGGUUCCCCGGCCUUUCAAAACAAUGUGCCGUCGCACCCAAAACGCAGCAGGCGAGCCUCCUUCCAAAGUUCUGCUUCCACGUCAGGGCCGAGGAGAAAUAUAGACGUAACACCAGGUCUACAUUAUCUGGCCAACGCCAUCGACGUUAUUGGUAAUCAAAUGGCAGGCAUGUCUAUUUGGCACGUGUACGCAAAUAUCCUGGCUGGUCUUUAUUACGGCCAGCUAGGGAGGGUCAUGGAGAGUUACUGGCAGAUCCAUUAUACCUGCGUCAAAGUCCAGCAUCUUUUCAGGAAAUGUAUCGUUUCCCUUUGGAAAGAACAGGACGUUAAAGACAUUCGAUACUACCUAAUUUACUGGACUUGCAUGCAAUUGGAAUGUGAUAUUGUCGCCGAGUUAAAUUUGCAACAGUCGGGCAUAGGUAAUUACGAGCAGAGCAUACCACACCCCAAAUUGGAACAUAUAAUCGAGUCGUAA